AUGUUUCAAACCGUAGAAACAGAUCUCGGACUCGAAGAGGAGCUCGAAAGCAUGAGGACAUGUUUCAAGGAGCAAUUCAAUCUUUACGUCUGCGCUAUCUUCAAGAUACCUGAUAAGAACGCACACAAGGCGCUUAUGAAGAAGAUCAAGGGGCUCAUAGACCAACACGGUAAGAAGGAGGAGCUAAUCAUUGUCGGAUAUGCUGGACACGGCGUCGAUCCAAAAGACGCACAGGACGAACGAAAAAGGUUGGGUCCGUCUUACUGGGUACCCCGCGCGAACUCCAAUCUCAAGAAGGAAGUCGACUGGUCUACAAUUCAACCGUGGCUACACCAUGCACCAUGCGAUACGCUUACAGUCUUGAACUGUUGCUUCGCUGGGAAUGCGACAUUGGGCAACAUGAAGGGCACCAGCGAGAUUCUUGCAGCGUCGGAUCGCGAGAGUUGGGCAUAUGCAUCCAGACGCUCGUUCUUGGAAGCCCUCAUUGAAGUACUGACCGAGUUUGGGACAUCUGACGGACAAUGCGGCAAAGAUGUUCAACUUUGA